CACCCAAAAGGGGUCCCUAAACAAGUAAUCACUCUCAGUCACUCUCUGAUUCGCAGUUCACUGAGCUCGCUAUCGUUUUCACAAUUCUCCAGCUAUUCACAGUUUGCAAGAGUCGUAGUAGAAAAUAUGAACAGCGUAAUACAUUCAAAAUUAGACUCUCUAGCAUCGCGUCUCGUAGAAUCCAAUGAUUCCCGAGAAGAUGAAGAAGACGACGAUGCUAUCUUUGCGGAACUUGAAGCAGAGAUAGAGAACGACGCUGAUGCAGCAGUGCGGGAUCGGGGCCUAGAGCAACUCAGGCUCGAAAUGCAAAGAGCCAAAGAGAUGAGAGAGAACGCCCAUGGGCGAUACAUGGAGAUCACAAACGAGAAAGAGGCCAUCCGGAUAAGUGCGAAUGAACCGCACUGCGUGAUCCAUUUUUACCAUAGUAAUUUUAGGAGAUGUGAGAUCAUGGACAAGCACCUCGCAAAACUCGCGCCGAAAUACUAUGCCACGCGUUUUAUUCGUGUCUUCGUGGAGAAUAUGCCAUGGCUAGUUGAGAAGCUUGGCAUUCAAGUCCUUCCAUGCUUGAUGUGCUUCGUCGAUGGGAUCUCAAAAGACCGUCUCAUUGGGUUUGAGGAACUCGGGAACAAUGACGCGUUUGACACCGCGGUACUCGAGCUGAGGCUAGCGAACAGCGGUGUCCUUCAAAAAGCACGAAAUGCUUAUGAGUCCGGUGUCACGUACAACGUCUCGUCAUCUUCAAACACAAGGCAAUUACGAAGAGGUGGACAAACAGAUCAAGAUGACGACGAGUUUGAUUUAUGAUGGUUUGGUCCAUCGCUUUGCGUUUUCCUACUGCUACGCGUAAAUCGUGCCCGUCACUCUUCACCAGGUGUCUUAUACCUCCUAAUGGCCCUCACCCUCGCUUCAGCAUGGUUGACAAUGGGUCUCGGAUAACCCAAUUGAUCAGCGAUCUUGGCCGAAGGGUUGUGGAUCUCUGCAUUCGUAAACAAACGUCGAUUAAAUGCUGAUAAACCAAUCAGCAUGUACUUACCAGGUCCAUAGAGACUCUUCAGCUCUGGAACGAAUGUCCUUAUAAAAUCACCCGUCGGAUCUGCCUUGGAGGACUGUGCAUAGGGAUUGAAAAGCCGGA